AUCACAUGAUACUGACACACUCGUUCCAACAACUUGAAUCAACCAUUUGCACCAAAAAAAAAAACUUGAAUCAACCAUGUCUUAUAUGAACCUAGACCAGAUCUCAGUCACUGUGAUGUGACUCUAAAACAAAACUGUAAGAAGAAGCUAUGUCCAUCUCCGAGGCUUCUGACGAGGCCGGAACUACACUUUUAAACGGUAUAGUUGAUGGCUCUGUCGAUUUCCGAGGAAAGCCAUCCGUUAGAUCCACCUCAGGUGGAUGGAGAUCAUCUGGCUUCAUCAUCGGUGCUGAAGUAGCGGAGAAGUUCGCCUACUUGGGGAUAGCGUCAAACCUGAUAACUUACUUCACGGGGCCGUUACAGAUGUCAACGGCAUCUGCUGCGUCAAACGUGAACCUCUGGCUAGGAACGGCAGCGUUUUUGCCUUUGAUAUGGGGUUCUAUCGCUGACUCGUUUCUUGGCCGUUAUCGUACCAUUCUCUUAACCUCCUCUCUCUAUAUUUUCGGACUUGGGUUGCUUACGUUUUCAGCGACGAUUCCUUCUCUCUGUAAAGAUCAAGAAACACUCGUCUCGUGCGUUUCUCAGCUCAAAGUAACUAUCUUUUUCUCGGCUCUCUAUCUAAUAGCGAUAGGCGAAGGUGGCUUCAAGGUAUGUAUCAGAGCUUUUGGAGCUGAUCAGUUUGAUGAACAAGAUCCAAAAGAAUCCAAAGCCAAGAGUGUGUACUUUAACUGGUCGUAUUUCGCGAGAUCAGCUGGUAUAUUGACAACUCGUUUGAUCUCUAACUAUGUCCAAGAGAAUCUGAGUUGGGCGUUAGGGUUUGGGAUUCCAUGUCUUUCCAUGAUGCUUUCUCUGUUCUUGUUUUUACUUGGAACCAACACUUACCGCUUCAGCACCGGAGGAGAAGGACGAAAGCAUACUAACCCUUUCGUUAGAAUCGGUCGUGUUUUCGUCGCUGCAGCUAAGAACCGACAACAAACUUCUUCGGAAACGUUCCUUCUUGUUCCUACAGAAAGUUCAAAGACAUUCAGAUUUCUGGACAGAGCGGCGAUUACUUGUGAUUCACGUGAAGUUGAGGAAGCAAAAGCUGUGUUGAGUCUUGUUCCAAUUUGGAUGUGUUGUCUAGUUUUCGGCAUUGUGUAUGCUCAGUCUCCUACUUUCUUCACAAAGCAAGGAUCAACAAUGGACAGAUCAAUCUCAUCAUCACUAUUAGUCCCAGCAGCAACACUCCAAUGUUUCAUAAACCUAUCAAUCCUCGUCUUCAUCCCAGUAUACGACCGUUUAUUCGUCCCAAUGGCAAGAUCAAUAACUCAUAGACCAGCAGGAAUCACAACGCUUCAGAGAAUUUCCACGGGCAUUUUCCUCUCAGUUCCUUCAUUGGUAAUAGCUGCUUUGGUGGAGAUGAAAAGACUCAAGACCGCUCAAGAUCACGGGCUAGUUGAUUCGCCUGAAGCCACGGUUCCAAUGAGUGUUUGUUGGUUGAUUCCACAAUACGUUCUCUAUGGAGUCUCUGACGUUUUCACUAUGGUUGGUUUACAAGAAUUCUUCUAUGGACAAGUACCCGUCGAGCUUAGGAGCUUGGGACUAUCUUUGUACCUUAGUGUAGUUGGCAUAGGCAACUUCUUGAGUAGCUUUAUGGUAGCCGUCAUCGAGAAAGCCACAAGUCAGUCCGGUCAAGUGAGUUGGUUUGCUAACAACCUGAACCAAGCACAUCUUGAUUACUUCUAUUGGCUACUUGCUUGUCUCAGCUCUGUGGCCUUCGUUUCCUUUGUCUGUUUUGCCAAGUCGUAUAUAUACAGGAAUCCAAAGUAAACUCUUUAUCUAUCUUGAGGAAUAAUAUUGAAUGAAAUGAAAAAAAAUCAAUGGAAGUAGUUAGAGGGAUAUGCUAUUAGACAUUAAUCUUUGUAAACCAUUAUUUUUUGUUUAUAUGUUUUUAUGGUUAAAGUCAGA